GGCGCACGUGACGCUGGUGGGGCCGUGACGCCUGCCGUGGCGGAGGGGCUCGGCUUGUCAGAGUUUCUGGAAAACAAAAGGUGUUUUUUGGAAAGUGAAAGUCAGAAGAAGCAGCUGGUGGCGUAAAGAGAAGUAUACUAAGGAUCAUUUCUUGGAGAAAAAUUUUUAAGAUGUGGUAAAGAGGAUAUCUUGUCACCUGUACGGUAUAUAGUGCCUUAAAAAAUGGGGUUUGGAAGUGACCUGAAGUAUUCUCAUGAAGCUUUAUUAAAACUGCAAGAUUGGGAACUACGACUGCUCGAAACAGUGAAGAAAUUUAUGGUCAUGCGAGUAAAAAGUGAUAAAGAGUAUGCCUCCACUUUACAAAAUCUGUGUAAUCAAGUAGAUAAAGAGAGCACUUGUCAACUGGAUUAUAUCAGCAAUGUGUCCAAGUCUUGGUUGCUCAUGGUACAGCAGACAGAACAGUUGAGCAAAAUAAUGAAGACACAUGCAGAGGAUCUUAAUUCUGGUCCUUUGCAUAGGCUUACAAUGAUGAUCAAAGAUAAGCAGCAAGUGAAGAAGAGUUAUGUAGGUGUUCAUCAACAAAUUGAAGCAGAGAUGUACAAGGUCACAAAGACAGAACUGGAGAAACUAAAAUCUAGCUAUAGACAACUAAUAAAAGAAGUAAAUUCUGCCAAAGAGAAGUAUAAAGAAGCUGUGGCUAAAGGAAAGGAGACUGAAAAAGCCAAAGAUCGGUGUGAUAAAGCCACUAUGAAGCUUCAUAUGUUGCAUAACCAGUAUGUGUUGGCACUGAAAGGAGCACAGUUACAUCAGCACCAAUAUUAUGACACUACACUUCCUCUGUUACUUGAUUCCCUACAGAAGAUGCAAGAAGAAAUGAUUAAAGCCCUAAAAGGGAUCUUGGAUGAAUAUAGCCAGAUCACUAGUCUCGUAACAGAAGAGAUUGUGAAUGUCCAUAAGGAGAUCCAGACCUCUGUUGAACAGAUAGACCCUAACUCUGAAUAUAAUGACUUUAUAGAAACUCACAGGUCAUCAGAAGUUAUUGAACAAGAAAUAGAGUUUGAUACAUCUUUACUAGAAGAAAAUGAAAACCUUCAAGCGAAUGAGAUCAUGUGGAAUAAUCUAACAGCAGAAAGUUUGCAAGUCACGUUAAAAACAGUAAUAGAAGAACUCAUGCAGACACAACAGACUCUUUUGAGCAAAGAAGAACUUGUGCUGGAACUAGAGAAGAAAAUAGAAGAAUCUUCUAAAACUUGUGAAAAGAAGUCAGAUAUUGUACUUUUGCUGAGCCAAAAGCAAGCACUGGAAGAACUCAAGCAAACAGUUCAGCAAUUAAGAUGCUCUGAGGCAAAAUUUGCAGCACAGAAAGAACUACUGGAGCAAAAGGUUCAAGAGAAUGAUGGGAAAGAGCCACCACCUGUAGUGAAUUAUGAAGAAGAUGCCAGAUCAGUCACUUCUAUGGAUAAGAAGGACAAAGUCUCAAGGUUUGACACUAUUCGUCACUCUAUAGCUGGAAUUAUAAGAUCUCCAAAAUCUAUGCUGGGCUCAUCGUCGUUCUUUGAUGUAAUAUCAACCACUGAGAAACCGUUGGCAGAGCAAGACUGGUAUCAUGGUGCAAUUCCAAGAAUAGAAGCCCAGGAGCUGUUAAAACAGCAAGGAGACUUCUUGGUGCGAGAGAGCCACGGGAAACCUGGUGAAUAUGUCCUUUCUGUGUUUUCAGAUGGACAACGGAGGCACUUUAUCAUACAAUAUGCUGAUAAUCAGUAUCGUUUUGAAGGAACUGGAUUUCCAACCAUUCCUCAGCUCAUAGACCAUCAUUAUACAACAAAGCAAGUUAUUACAAAGAAAUCUGGUGUUGUUCUGCUGAAUCCUGUUGUUAAGGAUAAGAAAUGGGUUCUCAACCAUGAAGAUGUCACGCUGGGGGAAUUACUUGGCAAAGGUAAUUUUGGUGAGGUAUAUAAAGGAACAUUAAAGGAUAAGACUCCCGUUGCUGUAAAAACUUGUAAAGAAGAUCUUCCUCAGGAACUGAAAAUAAAAUUUCUAUCAGAAGCCAGAAUACUCAAACAAUAUGAUCAUCCUAAUAUUGUAAAACUUAUAGGAGUUUGCACACAACGGCAACCUAUUUAUAUUGUUAUGGAACUUGUUCCAGGAGGUGAUUUCCUGUCCUUUUUAAGAAAGAAGAAGGAUGAGCUAAAAACCAAACAGUUAGUGAAAUUUUCAUUAGAUGCUGCUUCUGGUAUGGCGUAUCUUGAAUCUAAAAACUGUAUACACAGAGACCUGGCUGCAAGGAACUGCUUAGUAGGUGAAAGCAACAUUUUGAAAAUAAGUGAUUUUGGAAUGUCUCGUCAAGAAGAUGAUGGAGUAUACUCAUCUUCAGGCUUAAAGCAGAUUCCUAUCAAGUGGACUGCUCCAGAAGCUCUGAACUACGGGAGAUACACAUCUGAGAGUGAUGUAUGGAGCUUUGGAAUCCUGUUGUGGGAGACCUUCAGUUUAGGAGUGUGCCCCUACCCUGGAAUGACCAACCAACAAGCACGAGAACAAGUGGAAAAAGGAUACAGAAUGUCAGCACCACAAAAGUGUCCAGAAGAAAUAUAUAAAAUAAUGCAGAGGUGCUGGGACUACAAACCUGAAAAUCGGCCAAAAUUCAGUGAGAUUCAGAAAGAGUUGUCUUCCAUCAAAAAGAAAGUGACAUAGUGAUAAACUAGUGCCAAACUCAAUCUGCGGGACUUUAUUUUCCAGUGAAAUAAUAUUUUCCCCUCAAACACUAUGCGUUUAUACAGCAUUGUUUGCAAUAUUCUUCUAGGGUUACUUUAAAAUUAACUGUUUUUAUAUGCUAGUGUACCACCUUGAAUGAUGUCUACACCUGCAUUAAAGACAUAUUCUGCCAAAUGCUAUAUAUCCAGUCACAGUAAUAUUGUCAAUUAGGAUACAUGUAAAUAGAAAAGCACAUAAUAUAGAAUUAAGAGACUGUGGCUUCUAUCUAUUUUACAGCAAGUAACUGCUAGUGACAUUUUUCAGAGGUUUUCUACUUUAUACUGUGUUCUCUUUCUGUUAUCCCUGUCCCAGCUAUCAACAUCAAUGGCGCUCUGAUGUGGUGACUGUGUCAUACACGAUAGCCUUAAAACUGAAAGCAGGUUUUAACAAGUAUUUCAACGAGAAAUUUUUGUAUUUUUUAAAUUCUUUCUGCAACUGAACAAUAUUUUCAAACGAUGCUUUGCUUUAAGGAUGAAGGUUGAUUAAGAUUCUGGAUACAAAUGUAUUAACUAAACCGCGAAUUUUCUUUUGUAGAAAUUAAGAGUUACAUCUGCAUUUCUUACCACAUUAUAGUAAAUACUUCUGACUUUGGAUAUGAUUUACUUAAACUACUGCUUUUUUCCUAUGAAGUCACCAGAUUUUGGUAAUAUAUCUCCUUUGCAAUGACCUAUGUUUAUUUAAGAAAUGAAAAGGCCAAUAUCAAGUCCUGACUAUACAUACAUGGUUAGGAAAUACUGCAAAUCACCUGCCCUCCAAAGAAUAAGUGAAAGCUGUUGAUGCAAACAUGUAGAAAAGGCCAGCAACAAGGUUUGCUAACAAUUGCAGCAUGCAAUUGAUGAUAACCAAUAUAGAUAUGGUUAUAUCUAAUAUGAUAGAUGAUAACCAAUUAUACUGAUUUGAGAGAGGUAAAGAAUGCGAAUGGCUAAAUUUGCUUUUGAUCUUGAAUGUUUUUCCUUAAAUUUAUAACGAUUUUCCGUAUGCAACUGGAGUCUGCAAAAGCAUAUGCAAAACAAAAUACAUUCCAUGCAUAGUGUCCGAAGAAAAAAGGCUACUUCUCUAUGGCAUACGGAAAUUGUUCACAAAAGCAAAAUAAGGACCUAUGAUGUUCUAAGACUCUGGCAGGCUGAACAAGAAGGCAGAAUAGACACAUUAACCUUCUUUUAACUUUCUUAAAUCAUUACAAUCAGAUUUCAGAACACUGGGGAGAGGGAGCUGUAAAUGCCGUCAGAAAGGAAAAAGCUUGUCUAAAAGUAACAUUCUUCCAGACAGAAUAAAGGCUCAGCAAUCAGAGGAGGAAAGGCACAGUUUAUUAGUAUGGCUCUUGGCCUUGUUUGCAACUGGGAUUAUUUUCCAGGGCCCUGCAGAGAGAUAGGAAGAAGUUACAGCAUCCUGUUCCAGAUUAAGGUGCUUAAACUUUCUCCAGGAGUUAGCUAAGAAUUACCAGAUCAAGGGUUGUCAGCUGCUGCUAGUGCAAGUAAGAAAUGGGACUGGAAGUAAAACAGCAUCUGGAAUGUCUAUUAGCCCUAUUUCACUGGGAAAGGGGAACUGAGAUGUAGCAAAGUCUGUGGCUAGAUUGCAUUCUUCUUUCUGUUAAGGUGACUUUCCUAUUGUCCACAGCAGUUUUUGCUCUUUAAAGUGUAUUUGUGGUAGUAGUGAGUGUUAACGUUUAAGGGCUAUGUGUGACCAAAAUACACGUAGUCUAGAAGAGUUUGUCUGUUACAUUGAAGUUGGUGUCCAAACGAAACAGUGAAUAAGCAUGCUGGAGCACAUCACCUUCGUUUGAGGUGGAACCGCUAGCAGCUAAGUAGAGGGAACAAUGAAUGCUUCUUGUCUUUUUGACCAUAUCUGUUUUUUUCUUGGAGCUAAGGGAGCACAUACAUAGACAUGAAGGUCUAGCACUUGAAAAUUUUAGUGGCAUAAAUUUAGAUAUUCUUAUAAGCAUACUGGACAUAUUUACUUUCUACUGUACUUACAAGUAGCCCAAAGACAUGUUUCAGAAAGCAACUGAAAACUUUUUUGUCAGCUUGUAUGCUUUUAAAUAUUACACAAAGCUUGUGCCUUAAUUUGCCAGUAUGCUAACAUGAGUACAAGUGUACUAAGAUUCAAGGAAUGUGCAACAACAUUUGUAAAAAUCCAAGUUCCAAAUCCAAGAAUCAUCCAACUGCAGGUCCUUAUCUAUGCACCACUAACAUCUGUAAGUAAGGACAACAGUGUCUUCUCUUGUCAACAUUCAUGGCUUCUUUGGAGAGUUAACAUUCUUUUCCUAUAAUAGGGAUUACUUACGUCUUUGAUACAUACCUUCCUGACAGCAAAAAAUACUGUUUGUCUUAAAUUAACUGAACACCAUCCUGACUUUCACAUAGAGAUAAAAAUUGUAUUCAUAUUUUACUCUGAAAUAGUUAAUGUUUGUAAUUCAUAUCAUACAGCUGUUUAAAAUGAAAGGCUUUUUAAAACAUGGGAUAUCUACAGCAACAAAAAAAUAUUAUCAUUCCUGAAGUAGGCAACAGUUCAGUUCAAAAAUAGCAGCUCCCUGGGAGAUGACCAGAAUGAGUUCAUAGGCAUUGAAUAAAUUUAAACACAGAUAUGUGUCUCAGAUCAUUUGAAGUGUUUUCUUAUCAUUGAUUUGGCAGGGUUUGUGGCAUAAUUUGUCAUGCCUCAAUAGUAAUUACUGUAAUUAUACACUUUAGGAAGUGGAAUCCAUGCCAAGUAUACCUAUAGAUAGAAUACUGUUUUUAAGUUUUUGUAAACUUACUGCAGGGGAGUUCACAAACAAAACUGCCAUAUGAUGAAAUUUGAAAGCUAGACAUGGUAUUCAUGAACCAAAGCUGUCAUAUCAGCUUUCUGUGGACUUUUAAUGACUUAAGAAGUCUUGCAUUGUUCAUACCUUAAGACCAGAUACUGGUUAUUUAUUUGGCUUGUUUACCCAAUACUUUGUAUAUUCUAAGGCAGUUACAAAGAAGGGAAACCAGGUCACCUUUGCAAGUACAGUGUUUCAAGUAGAUUCUUGCAUCUGCGCUGUCCCAGCCAGGGGCAAUCCAAGGGGCUUCUAAGUUGUUUAGGCUGUUAAAUGGGAGAGACUCUGAGUAUUGUCUGGGUCAGUUAGAAAUACAAAGUCUGGUACAUGAGAUGGACUUCUACAGCUUAUCUGUAACUUUCAUCUUUUUCCAAAGAAUUACAGUCAUAGUUUCUAAAAAGAUUGUUUUGAAGGCCAGUAAUGCAUCCUUAAUUUAAUUUUUUUUUCAGUAGAAAUUGAGCAUUUGUAGUAGCAUCAGAGUUCAGUCAUCAGUGAAAUCAUUAGGAUUCCUAUGCAUAUGUAUUUCAAUGUUAUAGAAAGUAAAAAAAAUGAAAAGCAUCAUGUCUGAAAACAGAGUUUGCUUCAAUCAAGGCAUGGUCUUGCAGAGUCAACAUUUCACCAAUACAUUCUCUUUUAAAGUGUACAUUUUCAUUAGUUUCCUUUAGCAACUAGUUUCUUUGCAUUUUUGCUUGCUAACUUUAACAAAAACCUGCCUUUUCACAGUGUUAAACACUUUAAAGUUUUUUUGGAAAGUACGUAACCAGAAAGCUUCCAGUAAAAAGUGCUGUUUCAAAAAUAAGCCUCAUCUUUGAACAGAAAACUGUUUAAGGAAAUGUUAGUUUAUUCAUACAUAAGAUUUUCUUUUUUCCUCCAUGUCUUUCUUUGUCUUUUAUGCUUGAUCAAAUGCUACAAGCACAUCCCUAAAACUUACUAUGAAGUUACGAUUUCAUUAUCCCCUCUUUAUUGUGAAGUUAAUAAUAAUAAUAAUAAUAAUAAUAAUAAAUCUUCCUUAGGUUAAAUAGAGCAGUGAAAGCCCAGAGGCAUUUGAAACUGUUUCCCCCAUCCAAGAGAAUUUUCUCAGACACGUUGCUGCAUAGGCAGUAACAACAGUGAUUAAUUACUAGGCUUGCUUCCAGUAUUCUUAUUGUCACAUCCUCUAAAUGCCAGUGCCAUUGACCACUUGCAACUGCAAAAUAUUUGGAGACAAGUUAGUGUCUAAAUAGUGUCAUCAAACAUGAUCCUCAAGAGCAGUAGUCAGUUAGGAAAACAGUUGGUUGUGAUAAGUACUGAUAACUUGUUACAAAAAUGGAAUAAAAAGAAAGAGACUAAUUCAGAGAAUCCAAAAAUGUUUCUUAUGCACUUGUAUUUGUAACAUAAAUUGUAACAUAAAUGUUACAUUUGUAACAUGUAACUAAGCAUAAAGUAAUUGGCUGUUAAACUAAGAGCUCACUAAUUAAUUAUUUUUCCUGAAACACCAGAGGAUACAUGAUAGUGCUGGAAGCAGUCCAGCUAGGAAAGUCAAGAUAAUGUGGAGGGAAGAAUACCUCUACUACCAACCAAGGUACUCUUUAAAUAAUUUUAUUCAUGCAGUCCUUCACUUUCAAGAACAUAGGAUUUUAAUUUGCAAUUAAAAGGCAGAGGUGGAAGUCCACUAUUCCUUAACUUCCAAAUGACCAUCACUUUUUAAGAGUGAUCUAGUAAAUGUCAAACAUAGGCUCUAUUAAAAGUUUUUCUUCUACUUUUCUUCUGCAGAAUUGCUGUAAUAAAUAUGGGGUCCUUAAGCCCUCAUCAGUAAAAACUGUACAAGAAAAAUGCAUCAGCCUCAGAAACCUAUCCAGUUUCUAUAAAAGUAACUCCAAUAAAAGAAUAUUAUUUCUAAUCUGGAGGUCACUUUCUUGUACUAGAAUUGACCCAUGAUAGUUUUUCUUCCUAAAAGCUAAGAAAAAGUUUUAAAAGAUAAAAAUUGCAAGUUGAAAACAUAAAAAUCCUUUCUCGUAUCACAUUUUGAACACUGUCAUUCAAGUAUUGCCACUCUUUCUUUUCUGAAGCUGGUAAAGAGAUUUUGCUUUCCAGCUCUACAUACUUUUCAAUGUUGCAUAUUAGUGCAUUAUUAACACCCAACUUCAGUUUCAGACCAAGGAAGGUAAUAGUCUUUCAACUGAAAGAUAUAGCAAGUUCUGACUAAUAACUCUCAUGAUUCUUUAAAAUCUCAAGUUCAGUAAGCGCAUUCAUUAUGUUUAUGAUACAAAGCACCAUACAGAACAGUUAAUUAUUGGCCUUUUGAGAACAGUACAGGUUAGUACUAAGUUUUAGUUGAUUCUCAGUCACUGCACAACACCAAACAUAUUAAUCCUCCAGAAAGCAUUGCCUUCUCUGGAAAAUAAAGUAUUCCCUGUUUUUGUUAGCACUUAUCAGUACAAUGCCUCUUCUGCUUUACUGUUUUUUAAAUCUUAUAUUUAGCCUAUCCUGUUGCUGUGCGAUUCCCUGAUCAGAUUUUAUUCUUUUUUGCUUGGAAGUUACUCAAGAAUUUGGUGUGAAACUCCACAUGGUAUUUGCUUUUCUCUUGUUAUCAAGAGCAGAAAAGAACACAAGUCAGCCAUGGGUCAACAGAGUUCUCGAUCCUCACCUAACAGCUACUUUGCCUCUUUGCAGGGGAUAUCUGAAAUGGUUCAUAAACUAAACAGUCUGUAUUAUAAAAGACACCUCUUGCCCCUCCUAGAACCAGUAGUUUCUAAGAGUGAGAAAAAAGAAAAUGGGUUAAGGGGCACAGAAAAUAAGUAACAGAUGCAGACGGGGCAAAUAAAAAGAUUUUGUACAAAAAGAUACCACAGUGCAAGCGUGGAUGGGCUCUGUGCUUCCUCCCUCACUGGCAUUUUACCCCCUUCUAAGGCUAGACUGUGCAACUUGAGAAUAAUAAGAUUUUAUUAUCAUUUUCAAGAAUGAGAAGAACACGAACUGUAUUUUCCCUGCUCUUACUAUUCCAUGACUUUAAUGCAUACGUCAAAGAAAGAUAAAUUUUUAAACUAACAUGCUUUUGCAGAAAAUUCGCAUUCUUUUUAUUUGUAUAAGAGAAUCAACAGUUCUCCAAGUUUCAUUCAUCUCUAGUCUCACAUUCAGACUGUUUUAUCUAUGAAGUCAGAGUCAUACUAAGGAGUUUUGCCAAGCUUCAGGAAAUUAUUAGUAUUGUAAGGUGUUUCUCUGCAGAAAUACACUGAGUAGAUCGGGGGUGGAGGGGGAAGUUAGCAUAGGAGUUAGAAGCUACAUGUUGUAUCUUCAAGUGAACAGCUAAUUCAAAAAAAAAAAAAAAAACCUUUGAUUCUAGAAACCAAGUUGUUUUUUAUUCUUUGUCUAUAAAUAAGUUAAAUAAGCAAGAGUGAUUUCUGUAUUUCAGCCUUACUAUUAAUUUGAUAAAAUGAGAGUGCUCCAAGAAAUAUAUUUACUGUUCUAAGGGAAUGCUGUCUCCACCAAUAUGCAAAAGCUACUCUAAUGUCCCUAUAACGCUCUUGUACAUAGAAUUCUAAAUAACUGGAAUAUAUGUCCAAGUGUAGCAUUUAUUAAUUCUGAGUUCUUUCAUUUUCAGGAAGUUGUGUUUUAGAACAUCAGCUAUUCUAGAACACCAUUUUUACAGACAUCAUUUAGGAGGACUUAAAUUUGAUUUUUUUAGUUUUUUUUUUUAUUUUUUUUAUUUUUUUUUUUUAUGGGGGCAGGAGGUGAAGCACUAAUCAGAUUGCAAGCUAGACCCAUUGUUAUUUUGGAGCUGUCUCAGAUUAUAGCUAUAAGAGAGUAUUUCAUUUGUAGAUCUCAGAUUAUAUAUGCCUUCUCUAAAUUAGAAACCAUUGGCUAUAUUUAAAAAAAAAUAGUAAAUAAAAAUACACUUGACUGAGAUUGUAAGAGUGAAAACUUGAAAAAUCUGUGAACUAGCAACAGCUUGCUUUGUGUUCAUACAUAUGAAUCGACAUACAUCUGUGUCCAUACAGUAACUAAGGACACUUAGUAUUACAGGCAAAGGUGGCUUGAAAAAAAGUGUUCCUAAAUUGCCACUAUUUGGAACUGUCAUUUAAUUUUAGAACUAAAAAAGGUGGCAGAUUACCCCAUUCACAGAACUUCAGCUACAUAGCUAAUAACACACACAGCAUGCGUUCUUCCACUGAAACCCUUCAUCAAGUUAAGGCAAUUAUGCUUUUUAAAAGAAAAAUCAGAUCAAUCAGUGGUCAUUCCUAGAUUACAUGCACUGAGGCUAUCAGCAAGUGGUUUCCACCACUAAAAAGUAAGAAAGAGAUCUACACUGUUGUGUUAUACAGCCAGCUCAGUCAUUUUAGUCUUUCUCAACAUGUAAGAAAAUCCAUAAAUAUUAAAUGCAGUAGCAACACAAAAUCCUUGUAUUACUGUUACGUAAACUAGUUCUCCAUGAUCUUGUGCCUCAGUUAGUUAGAAACGAAUCUUUGUGCCCUUUAAGGAGGGGUGCUGUAGGCUAACACCAAGUCUAGCCGGGCUGUACACCAGAAGCCUCUGGCCCUUUGCAUCUCUCAGGCAUUACUGUACACUGAUGGUUCCUCAUACUACAUAUACUCCCCAUUCACUUACUUCAAGAAAGUUACUCUUGUAAAACAAAAGUUCUUAUCCAUCCCUGGUUAUCUCUGACUCAAAAAUAUCAUACUGGUGUUUAGCUUUAUACAGGUGGCAAUGUGUUUGUAUGAAAAACCAAAGCAAUUGCAAAGCCAAGGUGAGGCACAUAGUUGAGUUACGAACCCAGAACACAUCAUGACUUGAUCACACUGUAAAAGACAACGGAUGCCAUUCCCCAGUGCAGAGUUUUAACCCUACACGCACACCACAUGCACCCCCAUUCUGAGACUUGCAAAUUCAAACAAGAUGCAUUGCUAAGUCAGUAAAGUCUGCAGAGCACCUAAUCUUUCAGUGGGCAACUAAGUUGAUAUGGCUUAAUAAAUUUUAAAAUAUCAGUGUUUCAAUUAACCUUUCAUAUAUUUUGAACCGCAGUAUUCUGAAUUAUACAGAAAGGUAGAACUGUACCUUCAUUCCACUCCAGGUUAUCAGUGAAACUACUCAGUUAAAGUAGCCAGUUCAGGUACUUUCAGCCACUCUGACAUGUAGCAUAGAUGCAGCAAGGAUGCCACAGAGAAUGUCUUGCACUCUGUAUGCAAUCUUUUUGUAACAUGCUUAUGCUUGCUACAAAUCACCAAUAAAUCCACUGGAAAUUGGAAGUUUGCUGUAUCCCCAGAGUGGUCAGUUCCUUACAACACCUUAAGCUGUAGUGCUAAAGGAGAGAUAGUGACAACAUUUUUUGUUUGUCACUAUGCAGGCAUAAAUGAAAAGAGAUAUACAAUGGGGACUCUGCAUUAUCUUCCUUCCUUCCAUCUUCUCUUGGUCAUGCCACAGAUUCAGACCCUUCAGUAUACCAACCAGCUAGGACAUGCUUGUUCCCACUGUUAAUUUUUAGUCAUUACCUGUAACUGGCACAACUUAUUUUUUUCCACUGAGCUUCCCACCUAGAUUUUACUAAAAUACUAAAAACAUGAAAUAGGAAAAACUCAGGGUUUAGGCUCAUCACACAGGAGACAGAUUUCUACAAAGAAAGCUUGAGGACUGAAAGCCAAAACCAAACAUAUAGCCUUCCCUCCUGUUAAAAGAUUGUAAGUAAGUUACAUGCAUGUUUGCAAGACAUCUAAAGAUGAAGACUGCUGUUUUUCCAACUACAUAAUUUUCCUUCAUACAAUCAUGGGCAACUGGAGAAGGAGGAGGGGUGUUGACGCAGGAAGAAAGGUUGGUUCAUUGACCCACUAGCAUACACAGAGCUUUUGACUCAUGUAACCUUGAGCUAGGCACGGAUACCAUUUGCAAACGUGUUUAGAUUUUUUUUUCCAGUUUGUGCCAAAGUGUGCACCAGCAAGUUUAAUAUCAGGUAAAGCACCUUUUAUACUCUUUGUUCUUUUUUAAUAAUAUAUUUGUGAAACAGAUCGAUAAUACAUAACACUGGAAAUGGGUGCUUCUUCCCAAAACUACACAUGAAAAAAAAAAAGAAAAAAAAAAGACGUUUGUGAGUUUAUCUGGCUUUUAAGCAAGUCUGAAAUGAUAACUAUAUAAUACAGUUGUCAGUGUUCUCUCCUUUAUAAUUUUAAAUAGAUCUUCAUUUUAACUUUUAUUUAUUUGCCAAUUUUUUUAUAUACUUUAAAGUUACACGUUUGAACUUAAGCUAACUUUUUAUUUUCCUAGGCUGUUACAAAACAGAAUUUCACUAUUCUUGUAAACUGCAGACCAUUUUUGAAUAGCCCCUUGUCUUUUCUGCUGGACCAGUUACCACUAAUGAGUCUGCAGUCCCCUUUUUACUGUACUCUUCCAAUAAAUGUAAAAUAUUUCUA